AUGUCUGCAGAGGGACACCAGUUCUCGUCACGGCCUGAAGGAAGCCGGUUCUCCAAUGAAUCCAAAAAAGAGGAACCAGAAAGUCCUGACAGCGCUGAGGACGGAGGGGACAGCGGAGGCCCUCCUUCGCCGGUCGGCUUCUGGGACCACCGUCUGAGGCAUGUCCGGCUGGAAGCAUUUCGAAAAUGGGGAUACACGACGGUUGUUCUGAUGGCUUUCAUUCUUGCUGUACUUUCCAUCUACUGGGGUGCCUUCUUUCACCUUCCUGCGAACACCAGGAAUCUUGUCGUCUACGUUGUUGACAUGGACGGUGCCGGACAGUACUCGGCAUCUGUCACUGGCCAUGCUCCCAUCAUUGGACCAGCCAUCACCGAGCUGGCAAACCAGAUGCUCCAGCAGCCGCCGACUCUAGGCUACCGCAUAAUGUCCGGAGCUCCCUUCAACAACGACCCAAUUCAAGUCCGGCAAGCCGUCUACAACCAAGAAGCCUGGGCCUCGAUCGUCAUCAACCCGAACGCCACCGCACUGCUCUACAACGCCAUCCAAACCGGCAACUCCUCGUACGACCCCCUGGGCGCAUGCCAGCUCACCUACGUCGAAGCCCGCGACGAAACGACCUGGGCCGACUACAUCCAACCCCUCCUCGACCAAUUCACCACCCAAGCAACCGCCACCGCCGGCCAGCGCUGGGCCAGCACCGCGCUGCAGCUACUAACCAACGCCAGCACCAACGACCCUCCAGCCGCGCCGGCUCUGCUCCUCACCAACCUGCGCGCGGCGCCGCAAGCCCUGGCCCCGGCCGUCGGCUUCUCGCGCUACAACCUGCGGCCCUUCCGCCCGUUCGCGGCCGAGCCCGCCGUGUCCAUCGGGCUCAUCUACCUCAUCAUCCUCUCCUUCUUCUCCUUCAGCUUCUACCUGCCCAUCCACCUCAAGUACCUCCAGCCCGAUCAGGGCCACCCGCCCCUGCGCUUCUGGCAGCUCGUCGUCUGGCGCUGGUGCGCCACCCUCGCCGCCUACCUCUGCCUCUCGCUCGCCUACAGCCUCGUCUCGCUCGCCUUCCAGAUCAGCUUCGCCGGCAGUGCUACGGGCGACGGCUUCAGCGAGGUGCUGCCGACCAAUGCCGAGCGCGGCAACGCGGCAGCGUACGGGAAGGGCGGCGCCGCUUUCCUUGUGUACUGGAUGCUCAACUUCUGCGGCAUGGCGGCGCUGGGGCUGGCGUGCGAGAACGUCGCCAUGCUGAUCGGCCAGCCGUGGAUGGGCAUGUGGCUCAUCUUCUGGGUCAUCACAAACGUCAGCACCGCCUUCUACGACAUCGACACCGAGCCCGCUUUCUACCGCUGGGGCUACGCCUGGCCGUUGCAUCAUGUGGUGCAGGGAUCCCGCACCAUCCUUUUCGACACUCACUCCAACAUCGGGCUCAAUUUCGGCGUCUUGUUCGCCUGGGCUGCUGUCGGCACCGCGCUGUUCCCGUUCAUGUGUUACUGGAUGCGCUACAAGACUAAAAAGGGCCUGCAAAUGUACUGGGCAUAG